AUGCACCCAUCGAUCGCGGGUCCCGGGCCUCCGGUACGUGGGAGUACCUUAUGCUUCCUCCGCGGCCCGCCAUCAACCAUCAAAACCGGCCAACCAUUCAGCGUUACGAUAGGCAUUCCGGCACCUCAACAACCAAAUCCGUCAUCACUAUCCGAGAGCUCAAGCUCAUCCGAAGCUAUCCACCUCUCCCUGAGACUCGCCGCGAAUAACGCCGCUGCGAACCUGCUUAGCGGUAACUUGACGUCGACCAUCGCCCGUGUCAUCGGCCACUCGCCCCCCUCGGUUUCAUUUAGUGGGAUCUAUAUCACCAAAGCUGGCCGGUUUCGAUUGAGGGUUUUACUUGGGAUCGACUCGGGUGUUGGCGUUAGGAUUGCGUCUACGGUGGACUCGGAUAUAUUUGAGGUCUUGGCGUGA